UAGUGGGACAAAUUCAUUGAGGAACUAAGCUGAACUUCUGCUGAGUACCAGGGUGCAACAGGGCAAAAUGGCAACAACCGUAGUUACAGAAACAGAGCCACUGCAAUACAGAAGUGAGCCAUACUUGUGAAAGUGGGUAGGGCCAGGCUGGGCAGAGCAUAUGGCAGUGGAGCUCCUGUGCUUUCCAACAGGCAUUAAGGCUGCCUCCAGUGCCACUGGGGGAAACACCAUCUCCUUCUUGAGGGCUGAAUUUCCUCUCUAGGGCACAUAGAGCGUUGCCGGCAAAGCUUUGAACUUGACACCUUCCUGUGCCAGCUUUGCUGAAUUUGGCUCAGCCAGGUCCCAAUUAUCACAACAUCAGAGUGCAAAGUACCCUUAGAUGAGAAAUUACAUCCUUAUUUGCCCAACUACCUUGAGAGUUUUGACAUAUGUGGGAAUUCAAUCAUAUGGGAUUCAGAUACCACUUUAGUUGAAGAGGGGGGCCAUGUCAGGCCCCAUAUAUAAAUAUGGCCUUGUUUGCUAGAUCAUCGGUCUUCUGUUUCUGGCUAACCCUUCAAACAUGAGGCUGAUUUUGUUCUUCAGCGCCCUUGCUGGGGCUUCCUGGUGCCUAGAAACAUUUGUUGGCGACCAGGUUCUUCGGGUGAAGGCAAACAGUGAAGAAGAGAUUAACAAACUACAGCUGUUAGAAACACUGGAGCAUCUUCAGCUUGAUUUCUGGCUACACCCCUCAAACCCAGCACUUCCUGUGGAUAUUCGAGUCCCCUUUCCCAGUCUCCAAUCAGUCAAAGUCUUCCUGGAGUCCCACCACAUCGAGUACUCUAUCCUGCUUGAAGACCUGCAGGUCAUAGUAGAGGAAGAAAAGCAAGAGAUGGUCAACAAUCAACGAAGGGAACGUGGCACGAAUAAUUUCAACUAUGGAGCUUACCACCCCUUAGAAUCUAUUUAUGCAGCAUUGGAUGAUCUUGCAGCUGAGUACCCCAGCCUUGUGAGCAAACAGGAGAUUGGAAAGUCUUAUGAAAAGCGGCCCAUGUACAUUCUCAAGUUCAGCACUGGAGGAACCAACCGUCCUGCCAUUUGGCUCGAUGCCGGUAUCCACUCCCGAGAAUGGAUCACCCAGGCAACUGCACUGUGGACAGCUAAAAAGAUUGCAUCUGAGUAUGGGAACAAUCCAUCCGUCACCUCCCUGUUAAACAGAAUGGACAUUUUCCUGCUGGUUGUCACAAACCCUGAUGGAUAUGCAUUCACUCAUACCAAUAAUCGUAUGUGGCGGAAGACACGUUCUAAGAAUUCAGGGAGCCUGUGCAUUGGAGUUGAUCCAAAUAGGAACUGGGAUGCAGGCUUUGGAGGCCCUGGAGCCAGUACCAACCCUUGCUCUGAGUCUUACCAUGGACCCAGCGCCAACUCGGAAGUGGAAGUAAAAAAUGUCGUAAACUUUAUCAAGAGCCAUGGGAAGAUCAAGGCCUUCCUCACCCUUCACAGCUACUCUCAGCUUCUGUUGUUCCCCUUUGGGUAUAAGUGCACCAACCCUGCUGACUACAAUGAGCUGAACACCGUGGGGAAAGCAGCUGCCAGUGCUCUGGCUUCAUUGUAUGGCACGACAUAUAAAGUUGGGACCAUUUGCUCAACUAUCUACCAAGCCAGUGGAGGCAGCAUUGACUGGUCCUAUGAUUAUGGCAUCAAAUACUCCUUCGCCUUUGAGUUGCGAGACACAGGUCGCUAUGGCUUCCUUCUGCCAGCCAGUCAAAUCAUCUCUACUGCAGAAGAGACCUGGCUAGGUCUGCUGAAGAUCAUGGAGCAUGUACGAGACAAUCAGUAAUAGAAGUGGGGAGGCAAAUCAACAGUAUAAAAAGGAUGAAGCCAACAGUAAUUUAGAAAACAAACCCCAAAUCUGAUUCCUUUGUACUAAUGUAGUAGUAUAUUCAGCUGAUGAAAAGCCCUGUGUAUGU